CCCACCUCCUGUCCCCAGCUGGGCCAAGUCCUCUACAGGUUCCAGAUGUCUGGUCUCAGAGUGGGGGAGCUAUCUCUGGAGAAACUUUCCUCGUCAAGCGGCCCAGGCAAGAUGUGCUGGCUGCUGCUCUGGGGAGUCCUCCACGUUUGCCCCACUCAGGGCUCCACGCUGCUGGCCUGGCGGCUACCCCAGCAGCUGACGUCUCCUGGAUACCCACAACCCUACCCCAGAGGCCAGGAGAGCAGCGCUGACAUCAUGGCUCCAGGGGGCUUUGCUGUGAGGCUGCUCUUUCAGGACUUCGACCUGGAGCCAUCCCAGGACUGUGAAGGGGACUCUGUCACUAUCUCAGGCAGUGGGAUGCUUCCAAGCCGGCUCUGUGGUCAACAGGGCUCUGCUCUCAACAGCCCUCCUGGUCAGAAAGAGUUCGUGUCCUCUGGCAGGCAUUUGAAGUUGACCUUCUGGGCGCACAAUUCAUCCCAGGAGCAGCCCAACCACCUCCACAAGGGCUUCCUGGCCAUCUACCAAGCUGUGGCUUGGAGCUGUGAGCCCCUUGGUAAGCCCAGUGGGAGCACUGUGGGCCCCCUCACUGCCAGGGCCACCUGCUCCACCAUCCAGACGGACUGCCAGGAGCCCUAUUACCAGGUGGUACCCGCUGGGAUGCUCAGCUGCCCAGUCCAGGGAGCCUGGGAGGACAGACAGGACAGGGAGGAGAGCCCUCAGUGCGUGCCUGUGUGUGGACGGCCAGUCACCCCUCUAGCCCAGCACCCAGAGACCCUCGGCCCUUCCAGAGCUCCACUGGGCAGCUUCCCCUGGCAAGCCUUCACUGUCAUCCAUGGCCGUGGGGGCGGGGCCCUCCUGGGUGACAGGUGGAUCCUCACUGCUGCCCACACCAUCUACCCCAAGGACAGCGCCUUUCUUGGGAAGAACCAGAGUGUGGACGUGUUCCUGGGCCACACACACAUAGAUGAGAUGCUGCAACUGGGGAACUAUCCUGUCCGCCGGGUCGUGGUACACCCUGACUACCGCCAGCAUGAGUCCCACAACUUUGAUGGGGACAUUGCCCUCUUGGAGCUGCAGCACAGGGUCGCCCUGGGCCCUCAUCUCCUCCCAGUCUGCCUGCCGGACACUGAGGAGCUUUACCGCAGUGGCCUGUGGGGCUAUGUCAGUGGCUUUGGCGCAGCCAUGGGCUGGAUUACCACGGAGCUGAAAUACUCCAGGCUGCCAGUGGCCCCCAGGGAGGCCUGUGAGGCCUGGCUCCGGGAGAAGCAGCGGACUGAGGUGUUUUCAGACAAUAUGUUCUGUGUGGAGGAUAAGAUGCCAAGCAACAGUGUCUGCCAGGGGGACAGUGGUAGUGUCUAUGUGUUGUGGGAUGGUCUCACCCACCGCUGGGUGGCCACGGGCAUUGUGUCCUGGGGUAUUGGAUGUGGCAAGGGGUAUGGCUUCUACACCAAAGUCCUCAACUAUGUGGGCUGGAUCAAGGAUGUGAUGGGUAGCAGGGAUUGAGUGUGGGGCUCACAGGCAGGGACUGGACACUGAUUCCACAGGGUUGGGAAUGAAAUGUAAGCCCUUCAAGCGAUGGCUGUGGCCAGGCACCAGGUGGAGAAACCCUCCUCCCCACCACAUAGCAGGAAGUAGCACCCAACAGCCCUGUCCCUCCUCUCUACCUUCAAAUGUGUUUGUAACAGGGGAGCCCUGCACAUCUAAGCAACUGUCACCUGCAAUCUUGCAUCCCCCUCCCGCAGCUUUUCUGCACUUACCUGUGGAAGAAGCGCCUUCUGAUCCUCUAUUCAGGUGAUGCGUGGAGAAGGAAUCAUGACAUUUUAUUCCUGAAAUGCUCCAAGGAGCCUUUAAUUGACCUUCAGAUAAUCAAACUGUUGGCUUGUCCCCUACCACAACUCUUACACACAAUAAUAGUAAUAGCUCAAGCUUCAUUUCACACCUUUGACACGCGGACUCUUCUCCUGUUAUUCCACCUCAUCCUCACACAUUUGCAAAAGAUGCAUUUUUAUCCACAGCUUACAAAUGAGGAAGCUGCAGCUCAGGGAAAUGUAUUAACUUGCAAGAGCCAGCCAGCACAGAAGCGAUUUUCCUUCCAGUAUCCGGGCUACCUCUGCCAUUGUCCCCAGGACCUACCUUCCCUGUCCUAGUCCCCGAUUCUUGCAGAUUCUGUCCUUCUUUCUCUGCUUCUGUGAAGUGGGCAUCACCUUCCCCUAGCUCCUGGGCUGGGACUUGCUGCACACACAUUGGCUGUUGUCACCUGUGAAUACCACAAAUCACAGGAGACAGUGAAUUUGUCAGCUUUGACAAUCAAGUUUGUUGUAUAACCAAAGGCUGAAUUUAUUUUUGGCCGGGCAUGGUAGCACACACCUGUAAUCCCAGCACUCCGGAGGAGGAACACUGAGUUUAGGACAGC